AUGGAUUACUGGACUACCAAACUUGACAAUCCAACUCUCAAUGUUGUGCCGCUGGACUUUAACCGUCCAACGACUCACAAGAUUGUUGAGUCCAGAUUGUCCGUUCCUUUAAAAUCGACUGCCUCGUUCCAAGACCUUUUGGCUAUCUGGAUGGUUCUUGUCUAUAGACUUACCGGUGAUGACGAUAUUGUGGUGGCCACAAAUACCGAAUCCGGAGACGCCUUUGUGGUGAGAGUGGAUAUUGACCCAAAGAGCUCGUUUGCCUCGUUUUCGAAACUGGUUUCCGAAACGUACUCCAAGGGAUCAGAUAACCUUGUUCCUUUAACGGAGAUUGCACUCAACCUCCAGAAAUCCAAAAAAUUGGACGCUCCUCCUCCAUUGUUCAGACUCUCCUUCCAACACAAGAGCGCAACAGAGCAGCUGUCGUCGUCGAUUGCUGGAUCCGUCAGAGACAUCGCCGUGUUCGUCCAUGAUUCGAACGGAAAGCUCUCGUUGGAGAUCUACUACAAUUCUCUGUUGUACUCGCAACGGAGAAUCGAAAUCAUGGGAGAACAGUUCAACGAGUUUCUCAAAGCCGUCUCGCAAAGUCCAGAUACCCUGAUUUCCCAAGUCUCGCUGCUCACAGAAGCCCAGAAAUCUGUGCUACCAGACCCCACCAUAGAUCUCGACUGGAGUAAUUUCCGCGGUGCCAUUCAGGACAUCUUCAGCGAUAAUGCAGACAAGCAUCCAGACAGAACCUGUGUGGUUGAGACUGCCUCGUUCCUGCAAGAGGGUGCAAAGGAUCGUGUUUUCACGUACAAACAGAUUAAUGAGGCCUCCAACGUUGUCGGUAACUACCUUGUCAAGACAGGAAUUAAGAGAGGCGACGUUGUGAUGAUCUACGCUUAUAGAGGAGUCGACCUUAUGGUUGCAGUUAUGGGUGUUUUGAAAGCAGGCGCAACUUUCUCCGUUAUUGACCCGGCCUAUCCACCAGCCAGACAAACCAUCUACUUGCAGGUUGCGGAUCCUCAAGGUAUCAUUGGUAUCAAGAAAGCCGGCGAGAUCUCCCAGUUGGUGGAGGACUAUAUCUCAGAGAAAUUGAACGUUGUGACCAGGAUCCCAGCGUUGGAGCUCCAGGACGAUGGAACCAUUGUUGGAGGAACUCCUGACGUCUUGCACGACUACCAACAGUACAAGGGCCAAAGAACUGGUGUUGUUGUUGGUCCCGAUUCUAACCCUACUUUGUCGUUCACCUCUGGAUCCGAAGGUAUUCCAAAAGGUGUGCUCGGAAGACACUUCUCUCUGGCAUACUACUUUCCAUGGAUGGCCAAGACUUUCGGUCUAAGCGAGAAAGACAAAUUCACCAUGCUUUCUGGUAUCGCGCACGAUCCUAUCCAAAGAGAUAUGUUCACUCCGUUGUUCUUAGGAGCCACUCUUUUGGUUCCAACAGCUGACGACAUUGGAACUCCUGGUAAGUUGGCAGAAUGGAUGUCCAAGCACGGAGCCACUGUCACUCACUUAACUCCUGCUAUGGGUCAACUGUUGACCGCUCAGGCGGUCACUGAAUUCUCAAGUCUCCACCAUGCCUUCUUUGUUGGUGACAUCCUAACCAAGAGAGACUGUUUGAGAUUGCAAACCCUAGCCAAGAACUGUGCCAUUGUCAACAUGUACGGAACAACGGAGACCCAAAGAGCUGUUUCUUAUUUCGAGGUUGCUUCAAGAGAAACCGAUCCAAGAUUCCUGGCCAACCAAAAAGACGUUAUGCCUGCCGGUAAAGGUAUGUUGAACGUUCAGCUAUUAGUUGUUAAUAGAAACGACAGAACCCAAACCUGUGGUGUUGGUGAGGUUGGUGAGAUUUACGUGAGAGCUGCUGGUCUUGCUGAAGGUUACAGAAAGAACGACGAGCUCAAUAAACAGAAAUUCGUCACCAACUGGUACACUUCCCCAGACAAAUUCAUUGCCAAGGAUAAAGAACUUGACAAGGGUGAGCCAUGGAGAGAGGUUUGGAAGGGCCCAAGAGACAGACUUUACCGUACUGGAGAUCUUGGAAGAUACUUGCCGGACGGAAACUGCGAAUGUUGUGGUCGUGCUGACGAUCAGGUCAAGAUCAGAGGUUUCAGAAUUGAGCUGGGUGAGAUUGACACCCAUAUUUCUCAACAUCCGCUGGUCAGAGAGAAUGUCACCCUUGUGAGAAGAGACAAAAACGAAGAGCCAACUUUAGUUUCUUAUAUUGUUCCAAAGGCAUCUCCAGAACUCGAGAAGUUCAAGAGUUCCUCGAAAGACUUGGAUGAUCUGGAGGACCCAAUUGUCAGAGGUUUGAUUGUGUAUCGUGAGCUGAUCAAGGAUUUGAAGGCCCACUUGAAGAAGAGACUGGCCAAUUAUGCUAUCCCAUCUCUGGUUGUUCCAAUGUCCAAGUUGCCAAUGAACCCUAACGGAAAAGUCGACAAGCCUAAACUUCCUUAUCCAGACACUGCUCAGCUUGCUGCUGUUGCACAAUUGUCAUCCAAGGACGUUGAGGAUGUUGAGUUCACAGAGACAGAGUCCAAGAUCAAGGACGUGUGGCUCUCUGUGCUUCCAAAUAAGCCUGCUACCAUCCAACCGGAUGACUCGUUUUUCGAUUUAGGAGGACAUUCUAUUCUUGCUACACGGAUGAUCUUCGAGCUCAGAAAACAACUUGCUGUGGAGAUCCCUCUGGGAACUAUUUUCAAGCACCCAACCAUCGCCUCCUUUGCUGCUGAGAUCGACAGUCUGAAGAAAGAUGACGAUUUCGAGCUUGCUGACGGUAAGAACAACGCUAUUCCUGAAAAACAGGCGGAGUCUGUGGACUACUAUGAAGAUGCCCAAAAGCUAGCUGCUACCUUGAAACAGUACCCAACCAGAGAAUCUUUGGAUUUCACACAACCAUUGAACGUGUUUGUGACGGGAUGUACUGGAUUCUUGGGAUCGUUCAUCUUGCGUGACUUGUUGAGCAGAAAAACCAAUAUCAAGGUCUGGGCUCACGUUCGUGCAAAAGAUGAAAAGUCUGCUUUGGAGAGACUUGUCAAGACCGGAAAGACUUACGGUAUCUGGAAUGACAAAUGGACUGACAAGAUCCAGAUUGUUCUUGGAGACCUUGCCGAGACUCACUUUGGCAACGAGCAGCAAUGGAAGACACUUGUGACGUCGAUCGACGUGAUUGUGCACAACGGAGCUUUGGUCCACUGGGUGUACCCAUACUCGAAAUUGCGUGACGCCAACGUCAUUUCUGCCGUCAAUGUAAUGGAUCUUUGUGCUGAAGGUAAACCAAAGGUGUACACGUUUGUGUCUUCCACCUCGACCAUCGACGUUCCAUACUACGUCUCUCUUUCUGACAAGCUUGUGGAUGCCGGAGAGGCUGGUAUUUCCGAGGCCGACGACCUCAUGGGUGCUUCCAAAGGCCUGGGAACCGGGUACGGACAGUCCAAGUGGGCUGCCGAGUAUAUUAUCAGAAAGGCCGGUGAAAAGGGUCUCAGAGGUGCUGUCAUCAGACCUGGUUAUGUGCAAGGUUUCUCCAAGACUGGUGCUGCCAACACGGACGAUUUCUUGCUCCGUAUGUUGAAGGGCUGUGUUGAGAUUGGCGAGUACCCGGACAUCUCCAACAGCGUCAACACUGUGCCUGUGGACCACGUUGCCCGUGUUGUUGUUGCUGCUGCUCUGCAUCCUCCUUCUGCUGCCACGCUUCCUGUUGUUCACGUGACCGGCCAUCCACGUAUCAGAUUUAACGAAAUGCUGGCUGCUCUGCACAAGUUUGGCUACAACGUUCAGCGUGCAGACUACCUGCAAUGGACCAAGUCUUUGGAACGAUACGUUGUUGACGAAGGCAAGGACAACGCGCUGUAUCCAUUGCUGCACUUUGUGCUGGAUAACCUGCCACAAGACACUAAAGCUCCAGAAUUGUGCGAUAAGAACGCAGUGGAGAGUCUUGUUGCUGACUCCAAGUACACUGGUGAGGACACCUCUGUUGGAGCCGGUGUGACUCUGGACAUUUUGGCCCGGUACGUGAGCUACCUUGUCAAGAUCGGAUUCCUGCCUGCCCCUAAAACCGGUGAGAUCACUCUGCCCGAUGUGGAAAUCUCUCAUGAGACAUUAGAAUUGAUUAAAGCUGGUUCUGGAGCCAGAACCAGUGCAAACUAA